GACUAGAGAAAUGACUGAAUGGUUGUUGCUGAAUUUCAAAGAAUUGGUGGUUUAUGUUGAUUAUCAUUUAGAAAAAUCUAAAAGGUUCAACCCUCAUUCAUUAAUAAAGGAGAUACCUAGAGCAAAAGAUGAUUUGAAAUAUUGGGAUAAGUCAUUUAUUAGAGAUAAUUAUGCUUCAAUAGAUUUGGUGAUUACUUUGGGUGGUGAUGGUACAGUUUUAUUUACUUCUUCACUAUUUCAAAGAAGUGUACCACCUGUGAUGUCUUUUAGUUUAGGAUCUUUAGGAUUUCUUACAACUUUCCAGUUUGAAGAUUUCAGAGAGUCACUGAGAAUUGUGUUGGAGAAAGGUAUAAGAACCAAUUUGAGAAUGAGAUUGUCAUGUCGUGUUCACAAGUCUGAUGGCUCACUGGUGUGUGAACAACAAGCAUUGAACGAGGUCACCGUUGAUCGUGGUCCUUCUCCUUUUGUUUCAAUGUUGGAAUUAUAUGGUGAUGGUAAUUUACUCACAGUGGCACAAGCGGAUGGAUUAAUAAUAGCUACACCAACUGGAUCAACUGCAUAUUCAUUAUCAGCUGGUGGUUCACUAGUUCAUCCAAAUGUUUCUGCGAUAUCAGUAACUCCAAUUUGCCCACAUACAUUAUCAUUCAGACCUAUUUUAUUACCAGAUAGUAUGGUUUUGAAAGUUAGAGUGCCAAAAAGAAGCCGGUCAACAGCAUGGGCUGCAUUUGAUGGUAGAUCAAGGGUUGAAUUACAAAAGGGUGAUUAUUUGACAAUAUCGGCAAGUCCAUUUGCAAUGCCUACUGUGAUGUCUUCACCAACUGAAUAUUUUGAUAGUGUCAGCCGUACAUUAAAUUGGAAUGUUAGAGAACAACAAAAAUCAUUUGUUCAUCUUCUAUCUCAAAAGAAUAAAAAAAACUAUGAAAUGAAUCAAUUAUCCAAACCAAAAUUCAACUUGGUUGAAUCAGACUCUUCUGAAGAUGAAGAUGCCCAAAGUGAAGAACCUAUUGAACCAGAUAAUGAAUCAGCUGAUGAUAUUGACGAUAAUGAUUUAUCAACAUAUUUUGUUCCACCGCCUGGCCAAGGGAUUGAUACACCACCUAUAGCAAAAUCUCAUGCUACAACUCCAACUUUAAGCCCAAGACUUAAAGGUUUAGACAUUGGUGGUCUUACGCUCGAUUCAUUCAAGAGGAAAGAUAGAGCAAACUCUCAUUUAAAAUGAGUUCUACAAAGAUCAAUACAAAGUAUUUUAAUUUCAGUCUAUA